CUCUUCGAUAACCAUUCAAGAAUUCUCUUUAAUUUCUUUAGAAUUUCUUUAUCAAAAAAAGUUAUAAUGUAUGCAUCUUAAUUUUUGUGAUAAGUGUAUAUUUUACUCCGUAAUUAUAGAAUAUUUAAAGGUACGAAACAUUGGAACAGAGUUACUCGUUUCAGUUAAAUUCGUUCAAUUUUUUAAUCAUCGAACUUCGUUGGGAGAUAAAACAUUGAGAUUGAAAUGAUGAUCGGGCGAUAAAAUAUUGUAUAAGUAUACGCGGUAUAUAUUGAUAUAAGAAAAUAUGGCGGAGACGCAAGGUGUUUAUUGAUCGGGAUGAAAGUUUGAUGGUGAAAUAAUAGCUGGGAUCGUCGUCCCGGAUAAUAUCAUUCGAACUUGAGAUCGAAUCAGUUAACAUCGAGGGAGGACGUUCUCUCCCAGACUGUCACGUGACCUUCGCAAGAAAUAUCGACGAACUCGAUUCGUUUCCGAUGACUCUUUACGGACCUUUUAUCAAGCUUCUCUGAAAUUCUAUGUUUUAUAUAUAUUUUGCAAUAAUUGAUGCUGUCAAGGGAUGAAUAAGAAGAGAGUGCGUUUUGCUUUCGUCUUAGCCAAUUUUUGUAUUAUUUUUAAGAUUGUCUUUUAUUUAUCAUCUUUGUAGUCUAUUAUCAAAUCGGACGGGAAUAUAUCGUUGACAGUAGCUACAUUGUUGAACUAAUAAUUACGAUCGAUGAAAGAAGACGAGAUGAAUUUUUAUCCUAAGAAAGUUAACGGUAUGCUGCUGGAGUGCUGUUGCCGGAGAUGAAUCUAUGAUUGACGGAAAUGGCAUAACUGAUUGGCCGAUAUUUCAUAAUUUCCGGUACGGCAAUCGCUGCGGAGUGGUAUCCUCUCGAUUACCGAGGCAGGCACGGAUAGUAAGAUCAGUCCGGAUGUAUGUACUUAAAUCCCGAGGAAAGUGCGAACAUGUUAAACGCUUCGAGAGUUACGUAUAAAACGUUGUUAGGCUGCUUACAAAAAUAGAUGAAAUCUGAGAUAUUCGAAAAGGAAUUUACGAUUUUAAGAAAAAUAUAUUAUUUUUCUAUUUAUCUUUUUCAUUUUUCGUCAACUUUUGACAAUUGCAGGCAAGAAGAAGACGCAUCGAGACUUAGCAAUAAGAAGCAAACGUAGUAGCAAUCCAAAUACUACACGUGAUGCGUAAAAGCAUUGAAUACGUCCGAAUGACUGUGACAUGUUCGAAUAGCAAGUUGUUAGAAAUAUUCAGACAAUAUCAUCGUCGAGUUGUUCUCCAGGAACGAUUUAAGCAUCGCUUGUGGCAUCAUGGCCACGUGCGUUUCAAUAAAAGUUUUACAAGACAACGAGUGAUCCUCGAAGGAUAUGUAAAAGGACUCGACUAAGAGGAUAGUUCACUGGAAGAAGUCACGGAGUAAUGAUCAGAGCCAGGCGGUUCGAGCUGGGAACCGCGACUGUUAAUCCGGUGAGUCCAGCCACCUGGAAUCGACAACAAUGUCAAAGACGCGUCAGAUGUAACAGAUACUCUUUGCUGAGAGUCUUUAUAGUAUUAUCUUGCAUAACUGGUGCUUAUUGUGAUCGGUACGAGUGGAGAAAGAGAUUACCACGUGAUUUAAAGGAACUACAAGCGGUCAUGAAUGGUAAAGUACCACCAUUGGCUCUUUUGGGCCGUUGUGAUUUCGACAAGUUGUGCGAUUGGAAUUACAACGAUACUGUAGGAUUCAAUAAGACACUGGCUAGAAAGUUUACACUUACAGCGGAUAUUACUAAGUCGGAGAAAGGAAACUUUCUAUGGUUGCGGGGUUUUGGCAAAGGCCAAUUAAUAUCAGAAAUCAUACCACGCACUGGAUCACAUUGUCAUCUGUUAUUAACUUUGCAUCAGGUCAACAUGAAAGACGGGGAAUUCAAUUUUGUUAUACAAACGAAUGGCCAAAGCUAUAUCGCGACUAAACGUAUGGGAAACAAUAAUGCCAAGUGGGAGGUUACCAGUUUCAACAUUGGUGCCAUCACGCAACAUUUUCGUUUGAAUUUGGAGAUCUCCAUGCCCUAUAAGAACUCAAGCGUAGCUGUUGACGAUAUUCACUUGGUCGAUUGUUUUCCAGAGUCUCCACCGGAUGUUACGAUUUGCACGGUUGACAUGUUCCGUUGUAACAAUGGCUCCUGUUUGAAUAGAACACGUAUAUGUGACUUGACGAAGGAUUGUGCCGAUGCAGAAGACGAAGGACUCGAUUGCGAAAAAAUGCCACCGAAUUCAAGAUGCAACUUCGAAGAUGGUUGGUGUGGUUGGACAAACCUUCCAGGAAGACCAUUGAAUUGGACUCUUCAUUGUGGUCCAACGCCAACUGAAAGAACUGGACCAAGUUACGAUCAUACGUAUCGAAAUAUAACGGGAACAUAUGCUUAUGUGAAUACAGCAAAAGGAUCAAAAUAUGGUACCCGAAGUACACUAGAGAGCCCACUGUUCAAUCCAACACCACCUUACAGUAGUGAUCCUAAUAGUACUUAUUAUCAGAGCUGUCAAAUCCGAUUCUUUUAUCAUCGUUACGGCGUACAGAGUGGUUCUCUCGGAUUAUAUUUGGUUCAAGUGAAAGAACAUCAAAAUAAUUCUAAAUUAUUAUGGUGGUCUUACGGUGACAAAAGCGACGACUGGUAUAGCCAGGCUAUUCCGCUUCCAGAGAUCAGACAUAGGUAUUUUUUCCAAUUUGAGGCAAGCAGAGGGUAUGCUUCGAAAGGUGACAUUGCUAUUGACGAUAUUUCUCUUAGUCCAGAAUGCUUUGGUAUAGGAGUACCGCCCGAAGUCCUUGGAAAUUAUAAUUAUAGUAAUUUUAUAACAGAAUUUGUAAAACCAGAGCCACACAUUGACUUCGUUAAUGAAACGGUCAUCCAUAUCACUACUUGUGGUGCUACCGGUCGAAUUGGUCCAACUCUAAAACAGUGUAUGGAGCAAAAUAAUAGAACCGAUGUCGAGUUGAUUGUAAAACCGUCGGCAUCUUCUAAGGAAGAUUUUCCUGUUUUUAAUCUAGAUGGAAUUCAGAGGUGGACUGCACCACGUGGUGGAUAUUAUACCUUAAUUGCAAUGGGUGCACGUGGUGGGCAAGGUGCUUCCGGUACAGGAAGUACAUUGGGUGCACUUGUUCGUGGUGUCGUUGAAUUAGAAAAGGGUCAGCAACUUUAUUUCAUGGUUGGACAGGCUGGAAUUGACGCGUGUCCUAAGAAUUUGGGAAUGCAGACAAAGGAAUGUCAAACUCCAUUCGAUGAACUAUCAGAAACAAGCGGUAUAUCAUCAAUUCUUCGCGAAGUGAAAAAAAUGGAGGUGAAAGAUGGUGGAGGUGGCGGCGGUGGUGCUACUUAUAUCUUUACUCUUAAGAAGAAUGGUGACCAGCAACCAUUGCUUAUCGCUGCCGGUGGUGGUGGGUUAGGAUUACGUGUAGGCCAAUCCAUGGAUGAUGGUAUACAACAUGGAAAAGGUGCAGCACAUGGAAGAUCACCUAGUUCUGGCUUAGCGAUUACUGAAAACGCAGGUCCUGGGGGUGGUUGGAAUAGUUCGAACAGUAUGUUACGAGUAGCUGCUGGAAUUCCUUUGGUUCGUGGAGGAAAAGGUGGAGCUGGGUGUGGUUCCGGUAAAGAAGGUUACGGUAAUGGUGGAUUUGGUGGUGGUGGUGGUGGUUGUUUAACAGGAGGUGGAGGUGGAGGUUAUAUAGGAGGUAGUACGGGCCUUAAAGAUUCUGGUAAUGGUGAAGGUGGAUAUUCUUACGCUGCAAGCGCUUUACUACACGUUUACAUUCAAUCUGCGAUAAAUUUUGGACCUGGUGAAGUUUAUAUAAUACCUGCCAUAAGUGGUUGUGGUUGCGAUUUUCGUUGCAUUGCUCUCGACCAAUAUUUAAGUGAAACAAGGUGUCUAUGUCCACCAGGUUGGGUUCUCAGUAAUGAUUCCAGAUCCUGUAUCAUGGCUACUGACUCAAAGGUGUCUCAUCAAGCGUUUAUGAUUUUGUUGAUAAUCACUAGCACGAUCUUAUUACUGGCUUUCACAGGACUUUGUUCGCUCCUUUAUAAUCGCUAUCAGAAUAGAAAAGCGCUUUUACGACGUCGGCAGGUGAUGUUUGGAAACGGUACGGAAUUGACAGCUUUGGGAGUUGUCUCGGACACGAUGAUGACCGAAUUUAAUCCAAAUUACGAGUUUGCUGGGAAUUUAUACAGUUUUAAGGAUUUACCUCAGAUUCCACGUGAAUAUAUCUCUUUGGUGAAACCGCUUGGACAAGGUGCUUUUGGCGAGGUCUUUCAAGGAGUAUACAAAUACCGACGUAACGAGGAGCAUCCGGUAGCUGUUAAAACUCUACCCUCGUUGACGACAUCCCAAGCGGAAGCUGAUUUCAUGAUGGAAGCCCUUAUCAUGAGUAAAUUUAGCCACCCUAAUAUAGUACAUUUUAUUGGAGUCUCUUUCGACAGGCAUCCAAGAUACAUCGUAUUAGAAUUAUUAGCUGGUGGUGAUUUGAAAAAUUUCCUUCGAGAAGAAAGACCAAGACCGGAUCGUUCUACCACGUUAAAAAUGUAUGAUUUGAUAAUGUGUGGCUACAAUGUUGCGAAUGGUUGUAAAUACAUGGAAGAGGCACGUUUCAUACAUCGCGAUAUAGCCGCACGAAAUUGCCUACUCACCUGCAAAGGAUCUGGUCGUAUAGUAAAAAUCGCAGACUUUGGUAUGGCUAGAGAUAUCUAUAGAAGUGACUAUUAUAGGAAAGGCGGUAAAGCUAUGUUGCCUAUAAAAUGGAUGCCACCAGAAAGUUUCUUGGAUGGUAUAUUUACCACGAAAACUGAUGUCUGGGCUUUCGGUGUUCUUCUCUGGGAAAUUAUGUCUUUUGGAUAUAUGCCAUAUACCGGUUGUGCCAAUCGCGAGGUAAUGUCAAUGGUAACGUCCGGUGGUCGUUUGGAAAAACCAGCCGGUUGUCCCGAUCCAAUUUACGGAAUAAUGACGCGUUGUUGGCAUCCACGCCCAGAGGAUCGGCCUAGUUUUGCGACCAUCACUGAAAGAAUCGAUUAUUGCUUGCAGGAUCCCGACGUAAUAAACCAUCCAACACCGAAUUACGAUCUUUUACCAGCUUGUGAUCGUGAAAUAACAAUUAUGAGACCGGAUCCUGAAACAGAAUGCAUCAAUGUCCAUUCGGACACUGCGUUGAUUGAUGGUUACAUGCAGCCAAGAGACAUAGAAUUUCGUCCAGUGACUUAUCGCAUUGAGCAAGUCACCAAUAAUAUGUCUUAUAUGCAUCAAAAGAAAUAUGAAAGUGGAUCUACGAAUGAUAAUAUAUCAAGAAGGAGAGAUAUUCAACGAAUUGAACCAGAACAGAGUAAUUCCUAUAAGGAUAAUGCAAAGAAUCUGAACAAUGAAGAUAAUCUCGAAAACGCUCGUACGGUUCUUGACAACGAUGGUAACGACAGAACCGAGGACGAACGUAAAACAACGAGGACAAACGACGAGGAAAAGGAGAUUUCGGAGCGUUCCGAUAACGGAAACGAUCCUCCCGAGGAUCAAGACGAUCGUUUCAGCGAGAACAGCGAUGGCACAGAUUUAGCGGCUGAUAGAAAAAACGGGAAUGAAAGUACUACAACGACUGACACUAAUUCUGAUUCGAUGGCCGUCGUACCAGCUGAUACGUCGACCGACACGACGAGCAAUUCGACACCGAACACACGCACUUGUUCACCUAAUCGGAUCGUUCUCAAUGCUAAUGCUAAUAACGUCAAUGGAAUAUUGAAAAAAAGUGCUUUGAAGGCUGCCCUAAGCUUGGAUCCAAGCGCGUUAUACCGCGGUACGAUCCAUUAUGAGAAAAUACCAUUCUCUGCACCACCGCAACGUUCUAGCACACCUGGAAGCAUAGAGCUGACUAAGGAUUCUCUUGGACACGAAUUACCUAGACAGGAGGAGUGUUCUUGCUGAGAAUUGUACGACGGGGGCUGACCGGAUUCCCCCCCAGACGCUGCGGUAGCGGUAAUCGCUGCGAAGACUUGUAGGCAGCUACAAAGAUCAGCGACGAUUUCCGCGAUCACGUUUAAAUUGACGGAAACAUCAACCAUCCUUUGGACAUCCGCUGAUGAGAUGUCUUCGAGAUUUUAUUCCCAGGAGACGCUUUUAUAAAUGACGCUGCAAAUCUAACAUUUUCAUUUGUCCGCAGAUUAUUACAUAUACGUACGUAUGUAUGUAUAUGUAUUAUAUGUACAACAAUUAAAGUGUAUAGAAACAAAUCGUUGCAAUGACGAAAGCGAAAUGUCCAUAAGUAAUUACAAUUAUAAAAGUACAACAGGAAGAGAAAAAUACUCAAAUAUAUGUAUAUAUGUGCAAUUAUAUGUACAGGUUGAGGUGCACUAUUUAUUAACAGUUACCGUUUCCAAUUAAUGAAUAAUCAAUGAAGAUAUAACAUAAGACUUAUCGUAUCAUAGACCGCUUCUAAUAUCGACAGAAUUUUUCUAAAAAAAAUCAUCUUCUGCUUUUGCACAUCACAACAGUGAUUUCUUUUCCAUCUUUCUUUUUUUAAAAGUCAGAUAUCGACUUGCAAUGGAUCACUGUACAAUAAUUAUAACGCUGAUGGCGAAAUCACAACGACGACGACGACAAUGAGGAUGAUUGUAAUAACGACAAUGGUGGUAGUUGGUAAUGAUAAGAGUAGAAAUAGUAAUCGUGCAAUGUUUAAUAGGAUUAAUUGUAGUAGCAGUAGCAGUAGCAGUAGCAGUAGCAGUAGUAGUAGUAGUAAGUGAUAGAAGUAUAGUAGUAGUAACAAUCGAAAUAGCAACGACACAUCGGCAAACAAUUAUAGUUACAUGCGGAAAAGAUGUAUUUUAAACUUCCCAAUUUGUCAUCAAAUCACGAUUAUUUGAACACAAAAUAUAUACGAUGGUAUUUCGAUAAUUCAACCGUCAUAGAGAAUACAAAUAAUAGCCAGGGUAUAAAAAUGUCACGUAACCUAAUAAUUACAAAGACAAAUAUUCGAUAUUUUACAUAUAUUUGUCACCUCAGUAAUACACAUGUAUUCAUCAUAGAUAUAACGAUAAUGAUAACGAUAACAGAAAUUGUGACUAUUAAUUAUGUGGAUGUGAUAAUGUCGAUGAAAAAAGUAUCAAGGAAUAUUCUAUCGAAGAAAAACAGGAGAACGAAAUAAUAAUAAUAAGCGGUUAAAGAGGACGAAAUAAUACUAACGAUAAUAGUAAUACUAAUAAUAAUAAUAAUAAUAAUAACAAUAAUAACAAUAAGAAUACGAAUAAUAAUAAUAUUAAUAAUAAUGAUAUGGAAACAACAAGAAAGAGAGAAAAAUGAACUAAUAGGGAAUUGAAGUAACAACAAAGAUGAUUCAUCCGUACUUGUACGAACUAGCUUGAUGCAGAGUUGGGCAUUAUUCGAGAUUGAAUUUUUAUUUAAUUAA